CUUCACCCUGCGCUUUAUUGCAGAUUAUCUCAACUCCAUAGCACAACCUGAUGAGAGUCGCUCACCAAAAAGAGAUCCAGAAUAUCCGACAAAGGUCUUCUACAACACAAAAACAAAAGAUGGCAAACAGCAGCCUAGAUCACUGCAACAGUACCCUGAAAUUCCAGCAUACCCUAUAUGCAGUCACCUACACCGUCAUAUUCAUACCUGGCCUACUUGCGAAUAGCAUUGCUCUUUGGCUUCUAAGAGGCUUGAUCAACAAGAAGAACAAAGCCAUCAUAUUCAUGAUCAAUUUGGCGAUGGCCGACCUCUCACACGUCCUCUCAUUACCCCUACGGAUUUAUUACUAUGUAAAUCACACUUGGCCUUUUGGAAACUUUCUAUGCUUGCUGUGCUUUUACCUUAAGUAUCUCAAUAUGUAUGCAAGUAUUGUGUUUCUUACUCUGAUAAGUUUUCAACGUUACGUCUUCACCACAAAUCCUUUCAAAGCCAAAGGAUGGAAACGGAGGUAUGACGUUGCGAUCUGCAUAGGUGUAUGGCUAGUCGUGGGGGCUGCUUGUCUGCCUUUUCCAAUAUACAGAAGCUCUGGAUUGAGCAACACAAGUACCAGUUGUUUUGCUGAUCUUGGAGUGAAAAAGAUGAACACUAUGACCGUUAUCAUCAUGCUCAUAGGGGCAGAGUUGUCUGGUUUCUUGAUCCCCCUCAUAAUUAUUACCUAUUGCACCCUAAAAACAAGAUUUGAGUUAAAAAAUGACUCAGUGAGGUGUGACAAUCUGAAGGAAAAACACAAGGCUUUACGGAUGGUGGUAACCUGCGCUUCUGUGUUUUUUGUCUGCUUCACUCCUUAUCACAUCAUUUUUUUCUUUUAUGUAAUGGUCAGUUCGAAUAUAAUCCACAGUUGUCCAGUGCAUAAAGUUAUUAUGGACCUCCACCCCUUCUCCCUGUGCUUAGCGAGUAUCAACUGCUGCUUGAACCCUAUCCUGUAUUAUUUUACCGCAUCAGAGUUCCAAAAUGAACUGGCCAAACAUAGUUCCUCAGUUGUCCGCGUUCGUCUCAUGAGCAAAGAAAGCGUUACUUCCAUUAGGUGAUAAAUUAGUUGGAUUUGUUCAAUCUAAACUUAUUUAUUUUCAGAAUAUUUCAUUGAGUUGCUGAUAAAAAAAUUUUUUAUGAACCUGCAAUACCCUAGAUAGAGUAUCUGCAAAUGGUCUGGUUUGUAAUGCUACUGUAAAAUAUUUCUAUGUCAUACACUGUUACACCAGCAGAUGGCGUAUGGGUGGCAGUAGGAUUGGAGCUAACCACUCCAUUUCCCACCCCUCUGGAUAGGAGUGGGCUGGUUCAACUUCCUGUCAAGAGGGAGAGCUAGCUGGGCUAGUGAGGAGACUGGGAUCACAUCCAUCAGUUUCUGCCAUCUGGCUUUACAGACCCUGCUGCAAGAUGGGGAGAACGGGUUAAAACACCCAUCACUGCAGUUCAGGAAAGGCAAACGCAAAAGCCUACAUUACAUAUUGGACACCUAGAGCCACAGGCGCCUGUUUAUUGCAGUAGUGAAGGCGAAUCAAAAGAGAAAGUUUUUCUCAGAUGUCAUACUUCUGAGUGCCAUCAAUUGUCAUCUAACCAGCUGCACCUUGAAACUGCACCUUGGACCUACUAUUACAGGAUGUACCGCAAGUUAUCCUUUGCACUCAGUAAAGAAAGCCGUUUGAUGUUCUCCUAUGUCUGCCUGAUUUUUUCACACUUCCUUUUCACUGCACCAAACCCAGGGAGAGAUGGCCUAAGGGAAUACACCAUGACACUAUAUCUCAUCAGGGCCACUACCACUCCCAUCUUUUUCCCCCAGCUCCUCAGGAGCUUGCUGCACACCUAUGACACAAUGUUGUUUAAAGGGAGUCUGUUACCUCCACAAUCAUACCUCCAUGUAGGGAAGGUAGCCCAACAUAACCAUACCUUUUUUGUGAAAAUCCAGUCCUCUAAGUGGAAGUGAUGCUGCAGGGGAAACGAGGUGCACCAAAUGAAGCAGCCCCACCCACAGGGCACCAAAAACCUUAUCUGCAUAAAAAUGAAUUUGAGCAUUUAUCAGGAU